AGCCAGUGCUUGGCAACAAUGACAGACCACAGGCAGCUGUUUCAGCCUAGGGCACUAAACCUGGUUGGCAUGAACUGCAGGCCCUGAUAAAUGCCACAAGUCGCCAAAUCCCACUUUGUUUGGUAACAGUUUUGGCAACACCCAUAUGGGGCAAAGCGGACCUUAGUCAGGUCCCAGCUGCCUCUGGCUGGUUGACCACAAGAGUGCAGCUGUGAAGAUUUCCUAAUCUCAGGAAAUUUCCCUGCACCUCAGCUCAAGGUGCCAGUCACUGGGAACACCAAGAUGGUGGAAGGAAGCAGGUCUGGGGAGGAAAGGGAUCCCAAGACCAGUCCCAAGAGGACUUCUCUGUCACCUCAAGGGACGUUGCUUUAUGAAAAGAAGAAGUCAAAUGAAAUGGAUUCACUCCAUGAAGAUGGUUCACCUCUCUGUGAAAAUGCACGCAGAGCAGUCAAUGACUUCUGCCAGUGGACUGGUGAUAUUACAAGUGUGAAGAUUGAUGAAGAGUUUGUGAUGAAACAAUUUCACCUUGACUGUCAGAGCAAACCAAGCUGUUACGGGCUCAGCAUGAUGAGACUCGACCAGCUCCCUCUGCAAUUAAAGAAGAGCAUAAGGCUCAAUAAAUGGCAGGAAGCAGAAUUUUUCAAGGAACGAGAGCGGAAACUUGAGAAUCCUUCUAAACCAAAGUAUGUGAAGAUGAGGUACGGAGCAUGGUAUCUGGACCCCAAGCUGUGGAAAAUGCAAAGAGCAGAUGAACCUUUGGUUGACCCCAAGGUCUUACGUAAAGCUCAGGAUGAACUUUUAAAAAAGCAGCAGCAGGAGCAGGAGGAGUUACUUUCAUUUGCAAAACUUUACGGACCAGCUGCCUUUAAGGAAUUCAUUCUAAGGAAGGGCUACCGGAUGCCAAGCUUCCUUGAGAAGAUAAAUGUCAGGAAGGAUGUAAAUGCAAGUGUAAAAAGAGUCCUAUGAAAUAACUUAGCAUAGAAGAGUUUGGGAAGACAAUUAGACAGAUUGUAUUCACUGUAUAGGACUUGGCUAUUUUUUUCUCUCAUUAAACAUUAAACAUAACUUAUGAUGAGUGUUCCACCACAGAUGUACAACUUUGACUUGACAAUAUUCAUAAUUUUAUACCUAAUACUAGUGAACUUUUCACAAUGGCCUUUUGUUAACUAAUAAGUUAGUUAUUAACUUUUGUUAACUAAUGCUUUUGUUAACUAAUAUUUUGUAUAUUUUUGCCAACUGUACAAUCAAUAUUCACAUGUCUUCUCAUAUAUUAGCAGCAUUAUAAAUAAACAUAGUUUUAUUAAUUGUUUGUAAAAACUAAAUAAAACCAUAAAUAAAA